CCCGCUGCGUCCUGGCCGUGUGCACUUCGCACUCAGUCCGUGCAGAGGGGCGCUCGCGCGUUCCCAGCACAGCCAUGGCUCAGCACUUCUCCCUGGCCGACUGCGAUGUGGUCGGCUUCGACCUGGACCACACCCUGUGUCGCUACAACCUGCCUGAGAGCGCCCCGCUCAUUUAUGAUAGCUUUGCUCAGUUCUUGGUCAAGGAGAAAGGUUAUGACAAGGAAUUGCUCACUGUGACUCCUGAGGACUGGGAUUUCUGUUGCAAGGGCUUGGCACUGGAUCUGGAAGAUGGGAACUUCAUUAAACUUGCAGAUAAUGGCACCGUCCUCAGGGCAAGCCACGGCACGAAGAUGAUGACUCCCGAGUUGGUGGCCGAAAAGUACGGCAAGAAGGAGUGGAAGUACUUCAUGUCCGACACCGAAAUGGCUUUCCGAUCAGGAAAAUAUUAUUUUUAUGAUAGCUACUUUGACCUGCCAGGAGCUCUUCUAUGUGCCAGAGUGGUGGACUCCUUAACAAAGCAGAACAAUGGUCAGAAAACAUUUGAUUUUUGGAAGGAUAUAGUUGCUGGUAUACAACAUAAUUAUAAGAUGUCAGCUUUUAAGGAAAACUGUGGAAUAUAUUUUCCAGAAAUAAAGAGAGAUCCAGGCAGGUAUUUACACAGUUGUCCUGAAUCUGUAAAAAAGUGGCUUCAACAGCUAAAGAAUGCUGGGAAAAUUCUCGUAUUAAUCACCAGUUCUCACAGUGAUUACUGUAGACUUCUCUGCAAACAUAUCCUUGGGAAUGACUUUACAGAUAUUUUUGACAUCGUGAUUACAAACGCACUGAAGCCUGGUUUCUUCUCUCAUUUACCAAGUCAGCGGCCAUUCCGGACCCUCGAGAAUGACGAGGAGCAGGAGGCAUUGCCAUCUCUGGAUAAACCUGGCUGGUACUCUCAGGGGAAUGCUGUCCACCUCUAUGAGCUUCUAAAGAAAAUGACUGGCAAACCUGAGCCCAAGGUUGUUUACUUUGGUGACAGCAUGCAUUCAGAUAUUUUCCCAGCCCGUCAUUAUAGUAACUGGGAGACAGUCCUCAUCCUUGAAGAGCUCAGAGGAGAUGGAGACUGGAAGCCCGAGCAAUCAGAGCCUCUGGAGAAGAAAGGGAAAUACGAGGGACAGAAGUCAAAGCCUCUAAAUUCAUUAUCUAAAAAAUGGGGCUCUUUUUUUAUUGAUUACGUGUCGGGACUGGACCAUACAGAAGACACCUUGGUUUCUACGUGGUCCUGUAAGAGAAUCAGUACUUACAGCACGAUCGCAAUUCCAAGUAUUGAAGCAAUAGCAGAAUUACCCCUGGACUACAAAUUUACGAGGUUCUCUUCAAACAAUUCAAAAACAGCUGGCUACUAUCCACAACCUCCAUUGGUCCUAUCAAAUGAUGAAACCAUGACAACCAAAUAAUUAACCUUAUUGAAAAAUGAAGUGAAGAAUUAUAUAUGCAGCAAACGUACUAUAAAAAAUGUUAACUUUAAAAACUACUGUAAAGUGCUUUAUAAGAACAAAUUCUUAAUGAAAAUUGACCAAGAAAUUGAUGUUUUUCCAUAGGUCCUCUUUCUGUAGAUGCCCAACAACUCUCAUUAUACCAAAAUCUCAGUAUCUUAGAACUGGAAAGACCCUUACUGAUAUUUUAUAUACCAAUAGUUCUGAGCUUCGAGUUCACCUGGGGACAGACAUAUUUACACCUAUGCCUAAGCCAGUGGCUCUAAAUGUGGUCUCAAACCACUGGCAUAGCAUCACCUGAGAAUCUGAUAGAAAUGCAAAUUUGCUGCCCCACCCCAGACCUACAGAAUUAGAAACUCCAGAAAUGGGAUCCAGCAACCUAUGUUUAAUAAUAGUGUGAUUCAUACUGAAUUCUGAGUUCCAUUGGCUGGACCCUAACCUCCAGAGAUUGGUUUAUUUAGUCUGGGCAUGUAGUUGAGCACUGGCAUCUUUACUAUGCCCCUGGGAAAAUGCAGCCAGAAUUGAGAAAACUGAUCUAUACCUCUUUCAAUUUAUACCCAAGGACACUGAGUCCAGUGAGAUUAAAUGAUUUUUCCAAGCUAUCAGGUUUUAUAUUAUUCUUUUGUUUUCCAAAGCAAGAAAUAGAAACAUGAUUUCUUCUGAUACCACACAGCUAGUAUGGAACAAAGAUGAUACCAGAAGCCAAUUAUUUCAACCUCCAGUGUUACCCAUAAGGGUUCCCGCUCCCCCAUAAUAAUGUUAAAGACUGUUUAAUUCAUUUUCAUUCACUUUAAAGCAUGUGUUCUCAAAAAGAAAAAA